AUGGAAGUUGGUAUGUAUAAAGAUUCUGACUUAGAUAUACGAGAUUAUCAAAUAGAUCUUAUAAUAGAAAAGACUAAUGAAUUACUUACUAAAGCAAUUUUAAGUGAUGAAAAUUCAACAAAAUCACUUAUAAUUCAAUUAACAUAUAAUGAAAUUAAGACAAUAAAAGUAACAUCAAAAAUUCAAAUAAUUACUCAAAUAUCUGGAAGUUAUAAAAGUGGAAAUAUAUUAUUUACAAAUAAAAAUUUUGCUAAAAAUAAACGUGAAGUUGUUGGAUUUAGUUUUGGUUUAUUUUGUAAUCCUCAUCCUUUAAAUAUUAUAGGAAUAUUGACAGAUGUUACAGAGUCAACAUUUUCUUUUGAAAAUGUUUUAGCAAGAAGAAUUUUACAUGAAAUUGGUCAUUCUUUGAAUGCUGUUCAUGAUAAUAGUAGUGAGAAUAAUUAUAAUAUAAUGGCACCACUUGAAAUUCUUGUUGAACAUAAAAAUAAUUCAUUAUUUUCAAAACCAUCACUUUUUGCAAUUUCAAAAUAUGUUUUUGAAGUAUGUAUAAAUUUUCUUGUUGAUAUAAAUAUAAGAAAUUGUGGAAAUGGUAUUUUAGAUAAAGGAGAAGAAUGUGAUGAAGGGCAUAAAAAUUUUAAUGUUAAUUUUAAAUGUUGUAAUAAAUAUUGCAAAUUAAAAAAAACUGCUAAAUGUUGUGAUUCAAAUCACGAUUGUUGUUUGAAUUGUAAUAUUGCAUCAACAAAUAUUUCAUGUUAUCCUAAAGUUUUUUAUCAAUGUAUUGAUGAAAGUUUUUGUGAUGGUAUAAAUUCAAUAUGUCCUAAACCUAAAUAUCUUCCAGAUAAUACAAAAUGUAUGAAAAAUGGUGCAAAAUGUCUUAAUGGUAGAUGUGUUGAUAAAUGUAAAUAUUUAAAUGAAGAUUAUGUUCAUUGUUUAUGUGAAGAAAAUGAUUAUCGUUGUUAUCAAUGUUGUAGAAAUAUAAGUAAUGAGAUAUGUAAACCAAUAAUGGGUAAAAUUUUACUUGAAGAAGGAUCAAUAUGUAGUAAUUUAAAUAAAAAUUUUCGCUGUAAUAAUGAAUCUAAAUGUGUCUAUAAUUCAUCUUUAAAUAUUUAUUCUUAUGAUAUUAAAAGAAAAAAAUGGAGUAAUUAUUAUAUUCAAAAUAUUGUUACAAUACUUUUUAUAAUUUUUUUACCAAUAUUUAUAUUUUUAAAAGCUAGAAGAAACUAUUAUCAAAUUAAAAUGUUACAUAAUAACGAAGAAAUAAUGAAAGCAUAUAGAGAAAAUAAUUAA